AUGAAGGAAAUAGUUUAUGUAGGUAGGGGCGUCAUCCUAAGCAGCACUUGUCGGCAAGUAUUAGAUGGAAGUCGGAUUAAAUUGUGGACUGACAAGUGGAUUCCCAGCUCCCUUGAUCACCUUUUAAUGCCAAAGCCAGGUGUGGAGGUAAAUGUGGAUGAAAAGGUUGAAACAAGUAUAAACACAACCACCUGUGUCUGGAACGAGAAUGCUAUUGAUAGACAAGUUGAUGUCAUGGAUGCUUGUUUGAUUAAAGCUAUGCCUUUAGGAGAUGGGAACGAAGCUGACAGAAUGGUGGGGCCUUUCAAUCGUGAUGGAAGAUUUACUGUAAAAUCUGGGGAUAAUUUACUCAUCUCUGCUUCUCUUAGUUCUCAAACCAAUAGACCUUCUGGAUCUUGGCAUUUGGAAAAGUGUCAAUGCGCUGUUGUCUUUGAGGGUGUUCAGGUGUGUUUGCGGAAGACUUUGAGUGCAGUCGAGUCUAUGAUUAGCGAGUUUAUGCAAGUGCAAAGUGAGUGUGUUGUGAAUAUGAAUGAUAAUGAUGAUGUGGUUGGGGCGGCAGAGGCAAGGUGGUCUGCUCCUCCCCAUGCUUAUUGUAAAGUAAAUGUUGAUGCUUCUUGGGAGGGAGGUAGAUGUGGUACCAGACCGGCGUCGUCGGCUAUUAAGGCGGAGGCUCACGCAGCUUUGAGUGGAGUGCAUUUGGCUGCUCAAAUGGGGAUAUCACAUGUGAUUUUUGAAUCUGAUUCCAAGGAAUUGGUCCAGUGUGUCAAAGGCCAAAUUCAGAAGGGUAGAUGGACUAUUUUCCCCAUUCUAGCAGCAAGUCGAAGAAGUUACAGUAAGUUCUCUUGGAACUGGGUUCACCGUGGAGCAAACAAAGCAGCAAAUGCUGCAGCUCGUCGAGCAAGAAGGAGGAUGUGUGAUAAGGUUUGGGAAUCCAGCCUCUCAUCCUCUCUGGUCUUUGUGUUGCAAGCUGUUGGGCUCGCAUGUCCACCUACGAUGUGA